GUUAGCCUUGGGAUACAUAAGAAUGUAUGACGGAGUGGUCCUGGACGACAAUCUGUGCCAACAGAGCGUCAACUGCUACCACAACCAGUCCGGGCUCUGUGGCCUUCAUGGGGACAUCUUAUCCUGUCGUCACCAGAGACAGGAAGCCAGUACUUAGGCCUGAGGUCCCCUGAAGGUAACUACUAACCUGCCCCAGGAUGCAGCCAACUGCUUAACUCUCACAUACUGCUACGGUAAAAGAGGUGAAAGGAAAACUUGCCCCGUUUCUGACCUGCCCAGGAAUUGAACCUGGGUCCUGGGGUUGUGAGCUGAGGAUAUAGACCACCAUACUAUAGGAUCCAUAAAACUAAUGUUAAGGAGUACCAAAAAUUCGAAUGAAGAUUGUCAAGUACAACGGAUUACUAACGAGUGUUAUAUGGAAGCGCCAUCAUUAUUGUCUGACCCACAAGAACUACCAAUCAAUAUACGAAUGUACCUUCAUAAGACGUGGAUGGGGAACCGAUCAGCUUUUAACCUAACAUUCCCUUCACCUACAUGGACAAGUCUCAAGUUUCGGUAUCAGGUCUCAGAUAACAAGAAUGAGACACUUUGCCGUCAUUUCCGUCUCUUUAAUGUGAGCUUUCCAAUGAGUGAUGACCUCAUGUGGGACUGUGUUGUCUUUGAUGGAAAUAAAGAACGAAACUUUACAUUAACUGUAAUCACCAGCGAAGGAAAAGGUGGAACAUAUCUUUUUAAAGCUCCAGAAAGUAAAGGGAUUGACCCUAUAGAAACGACUCUUGAGGACUGGAAUGUGUUUUUCUUUCUUCACGUGGAUCAUGUGGGGAGAUCACCAUUUCUGCCUGUAACUAUGCAGGUAGCACCAUUCAAGAAUGUAACCUACAAUAUAUCCCUUGUCAAGUGUGCGGAUGACGACCACCAUUGUUCAAAGUGGACCAGCCUCUCUUCCAUCUUGGUUAAUGACUCUGAAAAUUCAUUGUUAUGUGAGGAUGGCCAGUGCACAGUGUCUCUGCCAGUAUGGGGCAACGCUGGCAAGUAUGCCGUUACUGCACAGAUUGUCUCCUCGGACUGUCCUAGCAGUGGCUGCUUCAUUGCAAUUUCUCCAACAUACGAUAUACAACAGAGUCAGUUGGGGAUUUGGAUAACCAUUGCAUUUAAUUUUGCUCUGGUGUUUGCCCUUGCUUUUGCACUCACUCUCCACCACCGCCUCAAGAAGAAUAAAAAUUUGCUGCUUGGCUUGAAAGAGAGAAAACCCACAGUGCUGUUGAUAUAUCUGCCUGAGAACCAACUAUGCUUGCAUUUAGUGAAUAUGGUUGCAACUUUUCUCAAGGAGGUCUGCUAUGUCCACCCGUAUGUCAUCGAUAGUGAUGUGGGCAAUCAGGAUCCUAACUACUGGACAAGUGAGCACAUGAUCGAGGUUGACCGCCUGUUGUUCCUUGUGCCUGCCAACCCAAAUGGGGAGAGUGUGACUCCCAUCAGGCACCACUGGGCUUAUGCCUUGACUUAUCUCACUGGACAUUACUUUGCCACUCACCAGGCCAUAAAUAAGGUUGCCGCUGUGGUUUUUCCCUUCAGUGUCGAUGUACCACAUCAGAUAGCUAAUGUGCAGCGAUUCAAGCUGGGGCAAGACAUGAGUUCUCUGGUGACAUGGCUCCACUGUGGAACUUGGAUGGACUGUAAAUUCCUAUGGGAGCCACAAGUCAAGUCACCGUGCCAAAAGGUGGUCACUUAUACACUGGCAGAUAUUAAUGAGGCUAUAAGACAUGCAUCUCGGGAAACAAAAUGCAGUAAUGAUUUUCAGAUUAAAGGGAACGUGGAUGAAAAGAGCGUUCUCACUAGCAAAAAGACAGAAGGGAGGAUGGCCUUACCAAGUGCUAAACCUGUUAUUGAGAAUUACACUGUAAGGGAAAAUUUAGAGAAGCAAAAUGCAAAUAUGAUUGGCAUUAUUCAAAAAGAUUCCUUUGAUCCAGAUGUGCCAAAUAUUGAUAGGUUACCAAUGCUGGGAGAGGAAGCCUCUGCCACAAUAUCUGAUAAUGAUUCAUCAGAUGAGUGUUCAGAUGAACUAGAUGACAGAGCAUUUCUUUGAGUUGUCCCAUGCAUCUUUUGGCUGCGAAAGAUGCAAAUUGCAAUGUUUGGCCUUCCACUUAAACCCUUAUCUGUCCAUCUUUCCUUGUAUCUUUUUUAAGCACAAGUGAUAUGUUCACCUUAAAUGACACUUCCAUUUUAUAGGGAGAGAUACAAACAAUUAUUUGUUCAGUUCCUAAAACAAAUGUGUACAGAGUUUUAUAUUAAAAUGUUUGUGAAUUAUUUUCACUGCAUAUGUUAUCAUAUGUCAUUAUGCUGUUUUUCCACUUAGAGUGGGGAGGCAUCAGCCCAGAGAAAGUUGUAGGUACAAGUUUAAGUAAUAAAAUAUUAAAAGUAUAACUCUGCCAGUCAUUAUAUUAUGUACAAUGCAAUGUAUAGUGGUACAAAUAAGCAAGAACUACAGUACCACAGCAGCAACCCAACACUUCAUUGGACCAGGAUUCAACAAGCAUUUACACAAUUUAUAGACCUGUAUCAUUGACAAGUGUAAUAGUCAAAAUAUUAGACAAAAUAAUUAAAACUAAAUGGGUAGAACACUUGGAGAAAAAAUAUAUAAUAACAAACAGUAUGGUUUUCAAUCUGGAAGAUCCUGUAUAAUGAAUUCACUUAGUUUCUGAUAGAGCCACAGCGAUUUUACAGGAAAGAGGUGGUUGGGUUGGCUAAAUCUAUCUGGACCUAAAAACACUUUAGAUAGAGUUCCACAUAGGAGGUUGUUCUUGGAACUGUCUUGGAACAUGGAACUUUUCUUGGAAAUGGAAUAUACUGGAGGAGUGACAGGGGAGGCUUUUAACAUGGGUGAAAAAUUUUCCGACAGAAAAAUGAGGGCAGUAAUCGGAGGCAAUGUAUUGAACUGGAUAAAUGUCACGUGUGGAGUACCACAGGGUUCAGUUCUUGCACUGUAAUGUUCAUUGUCUACAUAAACCACCUACCAGAAGAAAUACAGAAUUAUAUGAAAAUGUUUGCUGAUGAUGCUAAAGAAACUAGGGAAAAUGAAAAACUUGGACGAUUUUCAUGCCCUUUAAGAAGACCUUAACAGAAUGAGUGAAUGGAGCACCACAGGGCAAAUGGAAUUUAAUGUGAAUAAAUUCCAUGUUAUGGAAUGUGGAAUAGGAGAAAAUAGACAACACACAACAUAAAAUUAUGUGAAAAAGCUUAAAAAAAAUUCUGAUAGAGAAUCUAGGGGGGGGGUGGUAUUAGAAAACUAUCACCUAGGACCACAUAAAGAAUGUUGUGUGAGGAGCCUAUGCUAUGCUUUCCAAUUUCAGAAUUGCUUUUAAUUACUUGGGUGGUGAAAUACUGAAGAAAUUGUUCAUGACCUUUGUGAAACCAAAACUGGAAUAUGCAGCGGUUAUAUGUUGCCUAUAUUUUUAGAAGGACAUUGGCAAACUGGAAAAGGUGCAAGGACAUGCAACUAAAUGACUCUCUGAACUGAAAGACAAGAGCUAUGAGGAGAGGUUAGAGGCAUUAAAUAUGCCAAAACUGGAAGAUAGAAGAAAGAGGCAAUGUGAUCACUAUAUACAAAAUAGUAAAGUGACAAAAUUGAUUGGAAAAAAUUCCUGAUACCUGGAACUUAAACAAGAGGUCAUAGAUUUAAACUAACUAAACAAAGCUGCCAAAGAAAUAUGAGAUACUGUAAUUCACUUUCACAAAGCGUGGUAGACAGUUGAAAUAAGUCAAGUGAGAAGAUGGUGGAGGCCAAAAUUGUCAGUCGUUUCAAAAUAAGACAGUGUGCUGCGAAGACGCCACACCAUGAGUGUAGCUCUCAUCCUGUAACUACACUUAGGUAAUUACAUCUGCUUUCAAACUUGUACAUCUUUUCUCAAUUUUUUGGCAGCAUUGUUUACAUAUAUUAAGCAGUUUUAGAGCAUCAAAAAUGCCCAGUUAAAUGAUGUUAUAAAUAGUCGCCGGGUGCUUCAGAACUCAUAAACUGUUUAAAUAAUAAAUAACUGUUUAAAAUUACCCACCAAAAAUUGAGAGAGAAGGUAUACAGGUUUGUAAGUGAUGAGUAAGUUAUGCAGUCCGUAACUGCGUGAUGAAUUCAGAUCCAGAUGCAUUGUGCUAUACAUAAGUUGUCUUGUUCAUUAUAUAUAAAUGGAUUACUUUGGUAACGGCUUCAAAUCAACCUUUUGUUAUUUACCCAUACCCAUACAUUCACCUUGCCACCGCACCAUCUUCUUAUUUUUAAUUUAGGAAAAAUAAUUAAUAUUUGUUAAUCAUACUUUUUCCUUAUACUGAAUCUCAAAAUGUGGUUCUGGAAAUGGAUUACCUGUUGGAAUUCAUAGAAUGGUGAAAUUACUUAAUGCAUUAGACAGGUUUGGCUUUUCCCAUAUUGAGGACUGGAAGCAUGUUAGAGCUAUUGCCAUCUCCCACGCCAACAACUAAUCUUCCUUGGGAUGCAACCCUCGUCGGUCUACUAACUCCUAGUGUUAGGACCGAGUGUGAUUUGUAGGAUUAAAUAUUACCUAGAUUAAGUUAAUAUUAGGAUUAGAUACUCUUUUUAAGUACCUUAUAUUUACUUUGUUGUACGUGGUGCUUGUUCCGAUGAGCGUGGUUUUGUGUUUACAAUAAACAUGUGGUCAAAA